AUGAGGCCGACACUAUUGCAAGGCCAUGAGCGAUCGCUCAACCAAAUCAAAUACAAUAAAGAUGGCGACCUUUUGUUCUCGGUGGCGAAAGAUAAAGUGAUUUGUGCCUGGUUUACCAGCAAUGGAGAACGAUUAGGAACAUACGGUGGUCAUCAAGGUGCCAUCUGGACAGUCGAUGUUUCUCCCAACACCGUCCUUCUUGCCUCCGGCGCGGCCGACAACACAAUCAAGUUGUGGAAUGUUCAGACUGGAGAAAAUGUCAAGACGUGGGAAUUUCCAACCGCAGUCAAACGAGUGGAGUUCAGUGAAGACGGGAAACAGUUGCUGGCCGUCACAGAAAAGCGAAUGGGAUACCUGGGAACAAUUGUCGUCUUCGACAUUCGAUACGGAGAUGAUCUCGCCGAUCAGACCAAUGAGCAUAGCCUCAGAAUUACCUGUGAGGACAGCAAGGCUACUGUGGCAGGCUGGAGCUACCUGGACAAAUACAUUAUUUCCGGCCAUGAAGAUGGAACAGUCACACAGUGGGAUGCCAAGACUGGAGAAAACUUGAUGAGCGUGGAAGCGCACGAGUACGACACCACAAUUAACGACCUCCAAUUCUCGCCAGAUAGAACUUAUUUUAUCACCGCCGGCAAAGACAAAACUGCCAAGAUCAUAUCCUCUCGAGACCUCAGCAUCCUCAAGACCUAUGUUGCCGACACACCUUUAAACACGGCCGCCAUCACUCCCAAGAAAGACUUUGUCAUUCUCGGAGGGGGCCAAGCCGCAAUGGAAGUCACCACGACAUCUGCUCGUCAGGGCAAAUUCGAGGCUCGAUUCUACCACAAAAUCUUCGAGGAUGAGAUUGGUCGAGUGAGAGGUCACUUUGGCCCUUUGAACACCAUUGCCGUUCACCCACAAGGCGUUGCGUACGCCAGUGGUGGAGAAGAUGGCUACGUCAGAAUGCACCAUUUCGACAAACCCUAUUUCGACUUUAUGUAUGAGGUUGAAAGGGAACAAGCACGGAAAUGA